AUGGACACUACGUUGAUAACAUUUCAUCUGCAAACUUCCUCAUCAACCCAAUCGGUUGAUCUCGUCGGAUCAUGGGAUAAUUUCACAAAACACUACCCUAUGGAACGGGACGCCAGGCGCGCGCAUGGUCAGUGGCGUGGAUGUCACACAUUCGAAGACAUCAUCUCCGAUACAGAGGGUGGUGGUAGCAGACCCAAAAGAAAAGGCGGUUUAAAAAUGGGCCAAACCUAUUACUACUAUUACGUGCUGGCGGACGGCACUGAAACCCACGAUUCUUCCCUCCCAUCUACGACGUCCUGCCCAUACCUUCCCGGACAGACGGUAAAUCUCCUGUGGGUCCCAGUAGAAGUUCAACCGCUUCGUUAUCGCAGCGCUUCAAUGAGCUCGGUGGCCAAUGGAUACGUCAAGACCUUGAAUCCCGCGGCUAAAUUCGUGCCACUACGACCACCACCCCAGAUUUCCACCCUGGUCCGAUGGAAGUCAUCCUCAUUGCCUGACGCGAGAAAUGGAUCAUCCCGUUCGGUCUCACAACCCGAGAGGCCAUCACGAUCCCCCCGGCUGUUUUUCGGCUUUAGAUCACUGUAUGCCCUAGGCGACAAAUGUGACCGAUCUUUAUCACUGAGCAAGUUUGAUGGAGGCGAGCCAUACUCGGACGAGGAGAGGGAAGCUAUAGGUACGCCAGGACGGUAUUCGCGUGACAUCUCCUCACGAUCAUCCAAGGGGUCAAGCUCCCCGGAACGUUCCCCAGUACGACGAAUGACUAGUCGAGGGAGCAAUACCUACCAUAUGCCACAACUAUUGAUCCCGGAUGAGAUCGAAGAAGAAGCUGAAGAUGAGGAGUGCCUCGUCGACAAUCUCGAUAGAAUGACGUUGAGAGGAGAGAGUACUUCUCUUUCUGUAUUCCCUCCAUUCUUAGAUCCCCAAUCCCCAGCAGCCCCAGCAGCCCCAGGCUCCACAUCAACGAACACCUCAAGACCUCUCCCACAAGUCUCCGAGGAAUCGCAUCUUCCUCUCCAGCCCUCAUCUCGCCGCCUCUCCGUCUCCAACCUGCCACGAUCACACAUCUCUCCCAUCUCCACCGCCUUCCACUCCCCAACCUCUAGCCAUUCCAACCAUAGCGAAACCCCGUCCAUCCCUCACUGUAAUUUCUACGACGAUCUACUUGUCGAGCCUGGAGGCUCGGGGAAUGCGUUCACCUACGACCCGGUCGUGGAGCCCGCUGGCACGGAGUUCCGCAGCUACAGUCGACUGGACGGCGAAUAUGCCCCCGAGCACGCGCGCAUCAAGGAGACGCGGACAGCGAAUCGGGACUACUUUGGCGGCCCGUCAGACUUCACGCCUAGCUUGGAGAACGAGGCGGGAAGCAUGGGCGCGUUGGACGAGUUGGCGAGCGAGAUGGGGUAUUUGGGGGAGUUUAUCACGGCUGAGUGA